GGGAGGCGGGGGGUUGUUGGACUGGUGAGUUUUCGAGGUGUUUUCACCGUGCUCAGUGAGGGGACACUCAGAGACCCACCUACCCCAUCCCGCGACCCGGGCUCGCUCAGUCGCUUUCUCCUCCGCCUGUCUCCGCGCGGGACCCGGUGCUUUACCCACGCUCAAGUGACACAAAAUGCCCUUCAAUGGCGAAAAGCAGUGUGUGGGCGAGGACCAGCCAAGCGAUUCAGACUCUUCCCGGUUUUCCGAAAGCAUGGCUUCACUCAGUGACUAUGAGUGCUCCAGGCAGAGCUUUACAAGCGACUCCUCCAGCAAAUCCAGCUCUCCUGCUUCAACAAGCCCUCCCAGGGUUGUAACAUUUGACGAAGUGAUGGCUGCAACAAGGAACUUAUCAAACCUGACUCUUGCUCACGAAAUUGCUGUAAAUGAGAACUUCCAAUUGAAACAAGAUGCCCUCCCUGAGAAUAGCUUGGCCGGUCGAGUGAAGCACAUUGUCCACCAGGCCUUCUGGGAUGUCUUGGAAUCAGAGCUGUGUGCUGAGCCUCCCGAGUAUGAACACGCCAUCAAACUGUUUGAAGAAAUCAGAGAGAUUCUUCUCUCGUUUCUGACUCCUGGUGGCAACCGGCUUCGCAACCAGAUCUGUGAAGUUUUGGACACAGACCUCAUUAGGCAGCAGGCUGAGCACAGUGCUGUGGACAUCCAAGGCCUGGCCAACUACGUCAUCAGCACGAUGGGAAAGCUUUGUGCUCCCGUGCGAGAUGAUGAUAUCAGAGAGUUAAAGGCUACUGGCAACGUUGUGGAGGUGCUGAGACAAAUAUUUCAUGUCUUGGACCUCAUGAAAAUGGACAUGGUCAAUUUUACAAUUAGGAGUCUUAGACCUCAUCUUCAACGCCAGUUGGUGGAUUAUGAGAGAACCAAGUUCCAAGAAAUUCUCGAAGAAACUCCAAGUGCUCUUGAUCAAACUACAGAAUGGAUAAAAGAAUCUGUAAAUGAAGAAUUACUUUCUCUUUCUGAGACUGCUUUGUCUCCUGGGGCUGAAAAUGGCUCCAAGCCAAGCCUGAGCCCUACAUUGGUGCUAAAUAACAGUUAUUUGAAACUGUUACAGUGGGAUUAUCAGAAGAAAGAAUUACCAGAGACACUCAUGACAGAUGGAGCACGUCUUCAGGAACUGACAGAAAAGCUGAAUCAAUUGAAAGUUAUUGCCUGCCUGUCACUAAUUACCAACAACAUGGUAGGUGCUAUUACAGAAGGCCUACCUGAGCUUGCAAACAGGUUAAAAAGGAUUUCAGCUGUUCUCCUUGAAGGCAUGAGCAAAGAGACCUUUAACUUGAAGGAAGUCCUGAAUUCUAUUGGUGUUCAGACUUGUGUUGAAGUUAACAAGACCCUGAUGGAGAGAGGUUUACCCACUUUAAAUGCUGAGGUUCAAGCUAAUCUUGUAGGUCAAUUUUCAAGUAUCGAAGAGGAGGACAAUCCUGUCUGGUCUUUGAUUGAUAAGCGAAUCCAACUGUACAUGAAAAGUCUACUCUGUCUUACAAGCCCUCAAAAAUGCAUGCCUCCCAUGCCAGGAGGCCUUGCUGUCAUUCAGCAGGAGCUAGAAGUGCUAGGCUCUCAAUAUGCAAACAUUGUGAAUCUCAACAAACAAGUGUAUGGACCAUUUUAUGCAAAUAUACUUCGAAAGCUGCUCUUCAGUGAGGAAGCCAUGGGGAAAGCGGACACUUCGUCUUCUACUAAAUAAAGAGCAACUGACAUUGGAUAAGAGAUGGAAAUUCAGCACUUCGGUACCUAGUCUGUUUCCAUCGAUGGCAUUACAGAUGCAGCACAUCCUCAGUCCUUUCCAUGGUGCAGUGUUAGCCUGAAUCUGUGUGAUCCAGUAAUAUUAGCAUUGCAGAAGACACGCACAGCAUCUAGACCCUUUUCAUGCAUCAUUUCCAAGUUCAAAAGAGACUUUUUAAUGAACAGAAAGCAAUUUGUAAUUAAUUAUAUUACCUAUAUAAUACUUUUAAAUGUCUUCGUAAGCAUUUAUAUCUGACUUAGUCACUCAACCCUUAAGGAGUUGUAUUUCCUCACUUGUCACGAUCAAAUCUAAUGAUUUUUCAUUUUGGUACAACUUCUCAAAGGAUUGCAAGUUGUGAGAAUAACCAAGGGGAUUGAUUUUCUGGGUAAGUGAUGUGACGUGAGCAUAACUGUAUUUGAAAUGUACAAUUAAAUUUUCUUAGUGUGUAAUAGAAACUUACAUAGUAAGUCUUAAGCUUCCACAAACGUACCAAAUCACAUUUUAUAAUGCCAAUUGUCAGUAUUUGUUUAGAAUUUAAAUUUAUUACAUACAUUUUAAAGCCACAUAAAAAUUUUAGAUAAAAUCUCCCUUAUUCGUCUAGUGAAAAUAGAAACAAAUCCUUUCUAAAAUUUUAUUUUAAAGGUUGGUUUCUCCUUGUAACUUACCCUGCUCUCUGAGAAAAACAGUUUUUGCACAAAUCUCUUAGUGAAUGUCCUUGCAUUUCUCAGGCCAUUGGUAAGGUUUAUAUAAGAUUUUAAUAUUUUUACGUAAGGCAGGAGUGGUUUGAAUUGGUUUACUUGUAAGAAGAAGGGAAGUUAAUAAAGCGAGAUCCCCAUUCUUAGUGAAGCUCACAUCUGAUAAAGAAGUAGUCAGAAUUUGGACUUUUUAACCAUAUAACCACAUAGCUUGCUAGCAAAUGCCUUCUGUGCUGACUAAAUUCUUACCCCACUAUGACCAAGAAGCUCUUCUAAGUAUCAUCAUUUGACGUUCUUGAGCAUUCACUGGAACUUUGCUUUGCCAGGCUGGCCCUAGUCAUCAUGGGGAUUCUAGAGGAGUCUGUCCUGGCCUGACAGACUUCUUUUGCAGUGUUAAGGGAAGCACUACACUUGGGUGGACCCAGUCUAGAAAGAGCUUGAUUUGCAUAAAACACAUUUUUGGUUGUUUCAUUUUCUAAGGACUCAUUGAACCUUAGUAGUUUGGUGGGGAAGAGUGGGCCGGAAGUCAAAAGGGGUCUUCCUUUCUUCCUCAACUCCUUUUCCUCACCACGACCUCCACCAUUAUGGUGCUACAUAAUUAUUUGAGAAAGUUCUAGGAAAUGAUUGUGUGAAUAAAUUAUCCCCAAUCUUUACAUUUUGGAGGGUUCUGCCAAAAUUUGAGGAAAUUUUGAAAGUCAGUUUUGUUCUCACAAUGACCAAUAAAUAAAUCAGCCAUUCUAGCCGUUUAAGCAGCUGUGUUUAAGUGGAGUUUUACUGAAGAGCACAUCAUUGGUCUUACCCAUUUUUUUUCCCUUUCUAUAUUUCCAUUCUGCGUAUGUUAUUCCUAUGCUUAGAAACCAUAAGGUGCUAAAGAUUUUUGUUUUCUUUUCUCUUAAGUUGAAGCAGUUUUCAACUGUGUUCACUUUGGAGCAUGGGCGGCGGGGGGGGGGUCUGACACAUAAAAGUAAUACACAGUGUGGGGUUUUUUUUUUUUUUUGUCUUUCUGAGGUGAACUCUAUAUUUACCAAGAAAACCAGGUGGUGUACUUUUUUAUUAUUCGAUUGGGAUCCAGCUGGUAUUCUUAUAUACUUGAUUAUACUGCAGUUGCCAGCAGGAAAACAAUGUGCAAACAUUUUUUUAAAUGCAUUAAAAUGAAGGGCAUUCUGUUUCCUUUUUUUUUUUAAGCUGCAAAAUAAAUCUCAAUGUCUCAAGUCUGGAUUUAGGCAACUACAUUUAUUAGGAUUUUAAAAUCGUAUCCUUUAGCAUGUUGUAUAUUUGGUUUUUACUUAAAUGUUUACUUCUACUUUUGAGGUUUUCUUAACAUGGUCUUGUUUUGUGAUGUCAACUUUAUUAAACACCAUACACACAUUUUCAUUCUUCUGCUAAAACAUGUAUUGUGUGCACUAAAUUUUAAAACAUUAAAAAUUAUU